GCUUUAAGCUACAAAGUGAUUGUGAUUGGCGCUGGCACUGGUGGCUGUGCUCUGUCGCAUCGGUGUCAAAAGUUGGUCCCGAAAGGGCAGGUUGCCGUUGUGGAACCAGCCGAUGAACAUCACUAUCAACCCGGAUAUACGCUUGUUGGUGGCGGGCUGUACAAGCUGCAACAGUGUAAGACGCCUAUGAAGCGCGUUCUGCAUCCGGACAAUGUCUGGAUUAAGCAAGCCGCGAAGAAGAUCAAUCCCCAGGAAAACUCCAUCGAACUAAUGUGA